GGCGCCCUCCCGGAAGUGCGCGGCGCGCAGGCGCAGUGCCGUUGGCGCCGGGCGGGAGAGGCGGCGGGGCGGCGGGCGGGAGGAGCGGAGCGGAGCCGAGCCUCGGCCGCCAUGCCGCGGGAGAUCAUCACCCUGCAGCUGGGCCAGUGCGGCAACCAGAUCGGGUUCGAGUUCUGGAAGCAGCUCUGUGCCGAGCACGGCAUCAGCCCCGAGGGCAUCGUGGAGGAGUUCGCCACCGAGGGCACUGACCGCAAGGAUGUCUUCUUCUACCAGGCAGACGAUGAGCACUACAUCCCGCGCGCCGUGCUGCUGGACCUGGAGCCCCGAGUUAUCCACUCCAUCCUGAACUCCCCUUACGCCAACCUCUACAACCCAGAAAACAUCUACCUGUCGGAGCAUGGAGGGGGAGCUGGGAACAACUGGGCCAGCGGCUUCUCACAGGGAGAAAAAAUCCACGAAGACAUUUUUGAUAUAAUAGACAGAGAGGCUGAUGGGAGCGACAGUUUGGAAGGAUUUGUGCUUUGCCACUCCAUUGCCGGUGGAACGGGCUCCGGGCUGGGCUCGUACCUGCUGGAGAGACUGAAUGACAGGUAUCCCAAGAAGCUGGUGGAGACCUACUCGGUUUUCCCAAACCAGGAUGAGAUGAGCGAUGUUGUAGUCCAGCCGUACAACUCUCUGCUGACGCUGAAGAGGCUGACUCAGAACGCUGACUGCGUGGUGGUUCUGGACAACACGGCCUUGAAUCGCAUCGCGACAGACAGGCUGCACAUUCAGAACCCGUCGUUCUCUCAGAUCAACCAGCUGGUCUCCACCAUCAUGUCUGCCAGCACCACCACGCUCAGGUACCCGGGAUACAUGAACAACGACCUCAUCGGGCUGAUUGCCUCGCUGAUCCCCACCCCGCGGCUGCACUUCCUCAUGACGGGGUACACGCCACUCACCACCGACCAGUCGGUGGCCAGCGUGAGGAAGACCACGGUCCUGGACGUGAUGAGAAGAUUGCUGCAACCUAAAAACGUGAUGGUGUCCACAGGGCGAGACAGGCAGACCAACCACUGCUACAUCGCCAUCCUCAACAUCAUCCAGGGGGAGGUGGAUCCUACGCAGGUUCACAAGAGUCUGCAACGGAUCCGGGAGAGGAAACUGGCCAACUUCAUCCCUUGGGGUCCUGCCAGCAUCCAGGUGGCUUUGUCCCGCAAGUCCCCCUACCUGCCGUCCGCACACCGUGUCAGCGGCCUCAUGAUGGCAAACCACACCAACAUCUCCUCGCUGUUUGAGCGGACGUGCCGGCAGUACGACAAGCUACGCAAGCGGGAGGCCUUCCUGGAGCAGUUCCGCAAGGAGGACAUCUUCAAGGACAACUUCGACGAGCUGGACAACUCCCGGGAGAUCGUGCAGCAGCUGAUCGACGAGUACCACGCGGCCACGCGCCCUGACUACAUCUCCUGGGGCACGCAGGAGCAGUGAGUGCCCUGCCAGGGGACGGGAGGGUCCCACGGCCACCUCCACGCAUGCCGGCAGGGCUUGUCUCUGCCGUGCCCACGUUUAGCACCCCUCAGCGCUGCCCGGCGGCGGUGGAGUCGUCACCCUGGCUGCACACACACGCUGCACUCCUCGGCAGAAGCCGCUCUGCAGGGAGCAGCGCUGCUCCUGAAGACCCUUGGCCGGGGGGACAGCCUCUGCUCCACCACCUGCCCUGGCCCAGGACGGGACUGGGGCAGCUGCGCGCUGUGCUGGUAGGGAACCUCUGCCCGUGAGAGCAACGCUCGCUCGGAGGAGGAGGAGGAGAGCGAACCCAGGGGGCUUGGAACGGGCCUGACCCAAAGAGUUGGGUGCAGGCAACCCCUGUGGCCAAAGGCUCUGUGUGGCUGAGCUAGUCCUUGCCCUGGGCAGGAGCCUUGUUCCUCCUUCGCCAGAUCAGGCCUGGGGCACAGGCUGUAUCUAUAUUUUUGUAGGUUAUUUUGCUUUAAUAAAGGCUGUUCCUGCACUGA